AUGCAUUACAAGACCAUUGCAACUGCCAUGGCUGCAGCCGGUGUUGUCGUGGCCCAGCGUCCGGCCAACACACCCAUUUGCGACUACUACACGACAGCUCUGUUAAAAAACAACACGGGCGCGAACCAAUACACCCUGCUGACGCUCCUUGUCAACACCGUUGUUAUUGGAAAUUACACAAUGCCGAAUGUCGGAGUCAAGGUUCCUGGGAUUUUGGCAUCAGGAACAUACAACGGCGAAAACGUCAACCUUCUCCCUUACUUCAACGGGGAGCUUGCCUCAUCAAACAGAGGCGGCAGCUCCGGCGUUUCUGUCAACUUCCUGGACGGUGGUGGCGCGGCGCCUCUGAUGAAGAACAUGCCCGCGAAUGACGACAAGUCUCAGCAAUACGGUUUUGCCUCCAUGUACGAGGUGCACAAGUUCAUGGACCUCGACGAGAAUGAGCUGGGAUACUUCAUCCAGCAGGUUGCUCUCGCCGCUGCUUCUUUUGGCGUAGCUCAGGAUGACCUCAAGGCCGUCGGCACGUCCUUGAACCAGCUUUUCGGCCUGCGUUGCAGUCCCAACGCUACUGCCAUCCCCGAGCAAGGAUCUCAGCUGCAAGCGAUUUGCAUUGCAGACAGCUGCCCCAUCUCUCCCAAUGCCACCUGUGCCAGCUACCAGCCAGCUGUUGCGCCGAAGAAUGCGACUGCAGAUGGCAUGAAUGCCACCGCGACUGGUUCGACUCCGGCGUCAACAGUAACCCCAAGCACAGUGCCAACAGCCGGCGCUGCUGUACAGGGUAUUAGUUUGGCUUUGUUCGCCGGAGUUAUUGCGCUUUGUAUCUAG